UCCCAUACCAUCCAAUUCGUUAUGAAGGUUCUUGCCAUCUUGUACCACGGUUAUGCCGCAGCUGAGGCCGAAAGCCGCCUGUUGGGCACCGUCGAGAACAAGCUCGGACUUGAAGAGUGGUUGACGUCCCAGGGUCAUGAGUUUAUUGUCUCGAGCAGCAAAGAAGGUCCCGAUAGCGACUUCCAGAAACAUAUCGUAGAUGCCGAAGUCUUGAUUACUACACCAUUCCACCCGGGAUAUCUUACCAGGGAUCUGAUCGAAAAGGCUAAGAACCUCAAGAUCUGCGUCACUGCCGGUGUUGGCUCUGACCAUAUUGAUCUUAACGCUGCGGUUGACCACAAGAUUCAAGUUUUAGAAGUGUCUGGAUCCAAUGUGGUGUCAGUAGCAGAGCAUGUUAUCAUGAGCAUUCUUCUACUCGUUCGCAACUUCGUACCCGCUCAUGAAAUGAUCGAACGCGGGGACUGGCAAGUGUCUGAUAUCGCCCGGAACGCCUUCGACCUGGAAGGAAAAAUCGUAGGCACUAUCGGUGCCGGAAGAAUCGGUUACAGGGUCCUUCAAAGGCUUGUCCCCUUCGACACUAAAGAGCUAUUGUACUAUGACUAUGCUCCCCUCCCGGCUGCUGCUGCUGAAAAAGUCAAAGCCCGCCGUGUCGAAGAUUUGAAGGAAUUCGUUUCCCAGUGCGAUGUCAUUACUGUCAACUGUCCUCUUCACGAGGGCACUAGGGGUCUGGUUAACGGCGAUUUGUUGAGCCAUUUCAAGGACGGCGCUUGGCUGGUCAACACCGCGCGCGGUGCUAUUUGUGACAAGGAUGCCGUCGCAAAAGCAUUGAAGAGCGGCAAGCUUAGUGGCUACUCCGGUGAUGUCUGGAAUGUCCAGCCGGCCCCCAAGGAUCACGUCUGGCGUACCAUGAAGAACCACUUGGGAGGCGGAAACGGCAUGGUUCCCCACUAUUCUGGUACUACUCUCGACGCUCAAGCUCGCUAUGCUUUGGGAACGCGGAACAUCUUAGAAAACUACUUCACCAAUAAGCCACAGGAUCCCCAAAAUAUCAUCGUCGGGCUCGGGAAAUAUGAGACCAAGGCCUAUGGACAGCGUUAGUCUGUUCUGGUGCAAUUCUUUCCGCGAAAACCCAUGUACUUCUGUUGACCAAUCCGCCUUGUAUUGACCCAUCACAGAAAAUGACAAACUAAGUUUCAUGAAAUGCAUGUUAGAAUACAGUGAGCUAUAUAUGCAAGUACAAGCCAGAUACUGUAAAUGAGUAGCAAAUAAGUUAAACAAGGA